CUUCUGAUAUGACGUUUACAUAUGCAAUUCUCCUGAUAUAUAAUAAUAUUUAAUAUGCCGUGGCAGGUCAGUUGAGAGGAUGAGUGCCAUGCCGUUGACUGACUCCAGCUUUUUGUACGUCACUGAACGGCAGCCAAUCAACGUAAAGUGCUGAAGCGUACGCUGAUUUGACGCUGGCCAGUGACGUGCGUGGUGGGUGUGUCCCGCCGUCACACGAAGAGAAACACAACACAAGCAAGAUUGAGUUGCAGGCCGAGGCAAGAUUAUAUAAUGAAAGCUGAUCAUGUCUUCUCCAGAAAUUGCUUCUUUAUCCUGGGGCCACAUGAAGGUCAAAGGUUGCUCCACAUCCUACAAAGACUGUAAAGUGUGGCCGGGUGGCAGCCGAGCCUGGGACUGGCGUGAAACCGGCACAGAUCAUUAUCCAGGCGUCCAGCCAGCCGACCUGGAAGAGGUCCUGAGGAAAGGAGUGCAGACGCUGGUCAUAGGAAGAGGGAUGAGUGAAGCUCUACAGGUGCCUCCAUCCACCCUAGAUUACGUGAAGAAGCAGGGUGUUGAUGUCAGGGUGUUUCAGACCGAGCAGGCCGUUACAGAAUAUAAUGCUCUGGUGGGACAGGGAGCUAAAGUCGGCGGGGUCUUCCACUCCACCUGCUGAUCACAUCAUUAAAAUAAUCAGCUAAUUCAUUUAAUUGGUUGUUUAAAGUUCCUUACAUUACAAAUGAACAUUGUUUUCUUAGUAUAUGCUUCUUAAUUUGCACUCUAAACUACUGGAGGAUUUUUUUCCUUUGGUGAAAAUGUUAUUUGCUUUAUAAUCAUUAAAUGAUUAUUCUUUGAAUGUAGGCUGUGAAAAUACCCCAUUAUCACACACACAACAGUGAUACAA